GUUUGGCCCACAUGCCGUGCUGUCAAGUAUGAGACAUGCGGCAUAAGUGGGAGAAGUUCUGCAUCAGCACUCCGCGCUCUUUCUUGACACCAUUGCAACCAUGUUACCUUCAACGAAAGUCGCUUUUUUCUUGAUAUCAAUUUACCACAAGAUAUAUAAACCAGACCAAAAGUCGCUCAAUAAAGAGUUUCGGACCCAUCAACAGUCAACAGUUCCUUUGUUAAUUACACACACACACAUACACAAUAUGGAAAAGUCUGCUGAAGAGGUCCACACCUCAUCCACCACUUCUCAUGACCAAGAAAAGAUAGCCCCAGUCGAGGACACACACGAUGACUACGACCCAAAUGCCUGGUACAAUAAGAAACUCUUUGGUGUUCUCCCACCAUACUCCAGUUCCAUGUUCCAGGUCGUCAUGCUUGCCUUUGUUGUUUUCAUGACCCCUGGUAUGUAUAAUUCCCUUUCCGGUCUUGGUGGUGCAGGUAUCAGUGACAAGGUCACUGCCGAUAACUCCACCGUCGCCCUUUAUGCCACCUUCGCUACCAUUGGUUUCUUUGGUGGUACUAUCUGUAACAUUGUUGGUCCAAGAGCUUGUCUUUGUUUCGGUGGUACUGGUUACGCACUUUAUGCUGGAUCUUUACUUGCUUACCAACAUACCGCCAACAAGGGUUUUGUCAUUUUCGCUGGUUGUUACUUGGGUAUUUGUGCCGGUUGUCUUUGGGCCGCUCAAGGUGCUAUUGUUUUGUCAUAUCCUACAGAAGAUAAGAAGGGUACAGCUAUUAUGAUCUUUUGGGUUAUUUUCAACUUGGGUGGUGUUAUUGGAUCUAUUAUUCCUUUGGCCGCCAACAUGGAAAACAAGAGUAAUAACGCUACCAACGGUACUUUCACCGGGUUCAUAGUUUUGAUGGCCAGUGGUUCCCUCAUUGCCUUAUUGAUGUUGCCAAUGGACAAGGUGAUCAAGUCUGACGGUACUAGAGUUCAAACCCAAAAGUUCCCAAACUGGAAGAAGGAAAUCAUGGGUCUUUUCAAGUUGGCCUACAGUCAACCAAUGAUUCUUUUGAUGUUCCCAAUGUUCUUCUCUUCCAACUGGUUCUACACCUACCAAUUCAACGCUGUCAACGCUGAUCGUUUCACCAUUAGAACUCGUUCUUUGAACUCUCUUUUGUACUGGACUUUCCAAAUGGUUGGUGCCAUUCUCAUCGGUACUAUUCUUGAUUUGAAGAUGUUCAGAAGAAGUGUUCGUGCCAAGAUUGGUUGGGCUCUUGUCUUUGUCUUUGGUAUGGCCAUUUUUGGAGGUCUCAAGUUCCAACAAGGUGUUACCAGAGAAAACGUCGCUGACAUCAAGCUCAUCGACUUCAAGGACUCCGGAUAUGUUGGUCCUAUGUUCCUUUACAUCUUCUACGGUGUCUACGAUUCCAUGUACCAAUCCUACAUCUUGUGGUGUCUUGGUGCCAUGAGUAACAAUGCUCAGACAGUUGCCUUGUACGCUGGUUUCUACAAGGGUAUUCAAUCUGCCGGUGCUGCUGUUGCUUGGAGAACCGAUGCCAUUGCCAUCCCAUUCAUUGACAUGUUCAUUUCCUCUUGGGCCUUGCCAGUCGGUUCCUUGUUUGUUGCCAUCCCAUUGAUCUUCUUCAAGAUCACCGACCACACUGAAGCUUCUCAAGAUGGUCUUGUCGACUCUGAAGUCCAUGACUUGAAGUCUAUCCGUAGUGGAGUUGAAUCCCCAGCCAUUGUUGUAUAAAUAUAUUAAUAAUAAAUAUUAGUUCA